UAAAAAAUACAGCAAAACCAAAAAUUAAAACCAAAAGUUGAAAAUCAAAACCAAAAGCCUGGAAAUAAAAAAAAUCUAAAAUUUAAAAAUCAAAAUUUAAAAACCAAAAACUAAAACUAAAAACUACUAAAACAAUCAUCACAAAAAAAAACAGAUUCUGGUUUCCUAUUGAAAAAUUAUUAAAAACUCAAAAACCAGAUUCCCUAUUUUGUAGGAAAACUACUUUGUCAAAAUCUUGAAUGGCAUAAAACAGAAUUUUGAAGAAACUAAAACCAAAAACCAAAAACAAUCAACAUCUCAACUUUACAAAACACAAACCAGACUAAACUAAGGUGAUUAUUGUUUGGAUGGUUUUUAGAUUUUAGAUUUUAGAUUUUAGUUUUUGGUUUUUAGGUUUUGAAUUUGAAUUUGAACUUUUAGUUUUUGAUUUUGUAGUACAUUUUAGCUUUUAGGGAAACACAAAUGGUGGUUUUAGUUUUUAUUUUUUGGUUUGAAAAUUAAUAAAAAUUUAUUUUAAAUCUUUGGUUUUUGAUUUUGUUGUAGUUUUAGUUUUUAGAAAAACUUGACUAGUGAUCUUUUAGUUUUUAAUUUCACUACACUUAAUUAUUUUGUUUUGAAGUUGAAAUAAUAAUUAAUAUAAAAUAUUACUUAUUAGGAAAAGAAAAAAUAAUACAAAAUAUUACUCCAUCCGUUACAUUUAUAUGUCGUUCUAGUUUUUUCACACAGAUUAUGAAAAUUAAGAAAUUUUAUUUUUAUCCCUAACUAAUACAUUGUUAUAUUUUAUUAUGUCAUUUUUAGAUCCAGUGAAAUUCAUGUUUAGUUUUACAAGUACACAUAACUUCUUAAUGGAAGUUACUUACUCGUUCUUGACUAUGAAUCAUGAACUUGAGUAAUUCUAAUAAGCUUAUAGUUUUUGGAAUAAAAAAGUUAUAAUUUUUUGGAUGAAAUAAGAGAUAAAGUGAAAGGAAAAUGGGUUAUGUGUGUAAAAAUGAGAAUAUGAAGAUGUAUAUAUGUUGAUUUUAGGUGUAUUUAGAGCUUGGUUGUUCAUGAUGGUUGGUGUUUUGAUGACAAUGACAAUGUUGUAAAUAAAUGAGGAAGAUGAAGAAGAAUGUGUAAAACACUCAUUUUUUAAUAAAAGAAAAAAAAUUAACAAUGACAUUUUCAUAAAUAACUCAAACUUCUAGGAUGAAUGUGACAAAUUAAAGUUUCAAAAAAAAGCAUGAGUCAUUUUUGUGUUUCAAAUUUCGAGUCAUAUUUGAAUAAAAAAGUUUUAUCAAAUCUUUAUUAUUCAAAAUCAUUAAUUGUCAUUUUUUUGGACAAACAUUAAUUGUCAUUUAUAUGUUAAUCAUAUUAGGUAAUUCUGUAACUUUUAUUUAAAGAAUAAUAUUUUUUGUACAAUAUUAAUCAAUUUAAUAGUUAUUUAAGAAAAUAUAAUAUAAGUUUAGAUGGACCAACCUAAUAUUUUAAGGAUUGUAAGAAUCUUCGUAGUGGUGAUACGUGGUUACCUCAAAUAUUUUAAUGCUUAUCAGUUAAUAUAUAUGAGAUUAUAUAGUUAAAUAUAUACUAUUUAUUUAAUUAAUAAUUAAAUAAAAAAUUUAAACUCUGGUUGGAAAUGCCUGACCAUUGACCGAAUUACAAUGUCGAUUAAUGUCUGGUAUAGUUUUUAAAACAUUGGGUUUUAUAGUCAAUGCAAAAAUUGAUGUUUACACAUGUUUCAAUUUCCUUUAUAAAAAAGUAAACUGGAAAGAAAAAUUCAAUAAACUGAAUCCCCAGCGGAAAAGGAGUUUAAUUUAAUCGUUACAUGUGUAAUACUCCAUUCGUUUCAUAUUGAGUGUCGUUGUAGAAAAAAUGUUUCGUUGCAAAAUAAGUGUCGUUUUAGCUUGCAUAAUUUAUUAAUUUUAUUUUCCAGUUUAUUUUUCUAUUAGUUGAAAUAUGUUUAGGUGUAUAGGUAAUGAUGUUUUUAUAUAUAAAAUAUGUAAAAUUAAAUAUUUUUUUAAUCUGUGUGCCUAAAUCUAAAGUGACAUUUAAUAUGAAACAAAAUGAGUAUACAAGACAAUAUACAAUAUAGGUUCAUCCACAAGUGUGAAAAACUCAAAACCCUAAUUUCUCCUUAGAUAGCUCUCUUCCCCUUGGGUUGUUCUGGUCUUCCUUGGGAGAUACAAAACCCUUAUUCUUCCUUUGGGAUCGAAUCCACAAGAGAAACAAUGAUGAUGUCUCAUCUUCCCGCAGAGUUAGUAGAAGAAAUACUAUCUAUGGUUCCAGCCGCAUCUCUGAGGCGAUGUAAAUCUUUUUUUUUUUGAUGAUCGUGGUAUCCAGAGCUUUGAGAGGAUCUGACUAACGCCAAUGACCUUCCACCAGAGCUUAGCCGGAGAGCCCGCUGAGGCAUCCAGGAAGGCUGGUGAUCACUCCAUGUAAAUCCCACCAGUGACCACAUGUAGAUCUAUUUGCAAACUAUGGAACACUUUAUUCCAAGACCAAAGAUUCACCGAGAACCCCUUGGUAAUGCUCCAAAGCAAUCUCAUGUUCUCAUGUUGAAAGAACGUAGGCUUUAUUUCACGAGUGUAGAUCUGAACUUUGUUCCUCCAUCUAUUGAAUUUAGCGAUGCACUUAGCCUAAAGCAUUAUAACAAUUCAAAAGUUGCCGAUAUAGUUAAGAGUUAUUCACUGCGAUGGUUUGUUGUUAUGCACCACCACGGAGGGUGAACUCGUAGUUUGGAGCCCUUGUUUAGGGGAAACAAGGUGGAUCAAACACAACGAUGGUCGCAAGUGUUUCCGUCGAAAGGCUAUGUUUACUUUAGGAUACGGAAACAACCAAUCUUGCCGCUGCUACAAAAUUUUGAUGUUUUUGGAUUGGUACGAUAUAAGCGGCGAGUACGACCAAAAUUCUGAUAUUUUUUGGAUGUUCGUCUCCUUUUUGUUGUCUAUACCCACAUCUGUCUCUGGCCAACGAUAAUCUGAAAUUAGUCUACAUAGCAACAUGCCAACAACACUGGUUUUGUUUUCGAAAGAUCUUUGGUUUGAAAACUUGAUCGAGGGUCAAAAGUCUGAGGUAUACAACAAGACAAGUAGACAACGAUUGAUUUGUUCUCUCUUCUUCAACUUUCUAAUAUCAAGCAAAAGCAAUUGCUGAUUCCUUGGACUGUUUUUUUUUUCAUACUAGGACAGAAGCAAUGGCUAGCUAAUCUGGAAGCGGUGGUGGCUUAAGAGAACCGCCGAGUGAGCAAAUUAUUGUCGAUUUAAUGAUUAAUAAACAAGAGGAAAGGAAACAUUAUAUCAAUGUGGAAUAUAUGAAAAAAAUAUUGUCGGCUUAAUGAUUAGUGAUAAACAAGAGGAAAGGAAAAAAAUAUAGGGGAAAUCAUUUUUUUUUUGUCCGUAUAAAAAAAUAAGGUUGGUUCAGUGGAAACUUUAAAACUCAAAACCCUAAUUUCUAUUUUUCUAGAUAGCCCCCAUUGAGUUGUUCUCGUCUUCCUUCAAACCCUUCGUUUUCCCUUGGGCAGGGAUAGCUUCCAAAAGAGAGGGAAACAAGGAUGUCGAAUCUUCCGGCAGAUUUGGUAGAAGAAAUACUCUCUAGGAUUCCGGCCACAUCUCUGAAACGGCUGAGAUCUACUUGCAAAAAAUGGAACGCUUUAUUCAAAGACAACAGGUUCAUCGAGAAGCACCUUUGUAACGUUCCAAAGCAGCUUCAUGUUCUCAUAUUGGAGGGAUGUAGGCUUUAUCCGACGAGCGUAGAUCUGAACGCUGUUCCUCCGUCUAUUGAAUUUAGCGAUGAACUUAGCCUAAAUUAUUCGAAUAAUUCAGAAAAGGUUUAUAUAGACACAGUUUUUCACUGCGAUGGUUUGUUGUUAUGCACCACCGGGGAGGAUGAACUUGUGGUUUGGAAUCCUUGUUUAGGGGAAACUAGGUGGAUCAAACAAAACGAUGGUUGCCUGUGUUUCCGACGGUGGAUACCACGGUUUGGACAAUUUAAUGGGAGAAAGACCAAAUUUGCUUUAGGAUACGAAAAGAAUCAAUUUUUCCGAAGCUACAAAAUCUUGAUGUUUUGGGGAUUUGACAAAACAGGAGGCGACCUAGUUGAUGGAUUUGAAAUCUACGACUUCAACUCUAAUGCGUGGAGAGUUGUUAAUGCUCCCAACUGCUUUGUAAUAAGAUCCCAUGGCGUGGCUUUGAAGGGAAAUGCUUACUGGAAUGCUUAUGAUGACAAAGACUCCGACUACUUGCUGAGUUUUGAUUUUACGAGAGAGAGAUUUAUACGUUUGUGUUUUCCUCUCCCGUCUCAUGACUGUAUAUAUACGGCUCUAUCAGUUGUUAGAGAAGAACUCUCAGUGUUGCGUUGUAUAAUAGGCUCAUCAACGAUGGAGAUGUGGGUGACCAAUACUAAUUGUGAAGCAGAUUUGUCAUGGAGCAAAUCCUUUGAAGUGGACUAUGGUUUUGAUGUUUACACGAGUCUUUUAAUUGACGAGCAUAAGAAAGUGGCCUUGUGUUGUAGUUCAUAUUUUAGGGAGGACAGGAACGUGGUGUGCACUUUGGGAGAGGAAGAUAAAUAUUACACAGAAAUCGCUUUUAAAGCAACGUAUUUAUUACGUCCUCAUAUUUUCAAUUAUGUUCCAAGUUUGGUUCAAAUCCAGCAAGGUAUUGAAUCAGAUGUUUUUUUCGGUAAAAGUCCUCGUAGAAGAUGGGAUGAACGUAGCGGAGGAGGUGAUAGUGAAACGUGGGAGGAUUAUCACGCCCAGUUACAACAAGAGAUUGAUGACAUGAACUCCGCGUUUGAAGAAUGGGACGGGUGGGAGAUAGAGUGUACUGAUUUUAGCAGUCUUUGUAGAAACCGAGGUCGUGGGUGGAAGACGAGGUGAGUUACCUUGUGACACAAGUGAUCUCUCCUGAUAUUUAUUCCCCCGUCUCUGUGUCUCAUUAUAUUUUUGUAUAAUCGUCGCAGUUUCUGCUAAGCCAUGAAAUUUAAUUAUCAUCUUGAACAAUAUCUCAGUUCUCAAAAAGGAACUCUUUGGCACUCUAUCUUCUUGCAUCUUUUGCUCACUUGUUAGCUUUGGCGUUCAUUUAUAAAUAUUUUAUUGAUUUCAGUUCAGCCUUAUACUAGAACGUGUUUGUUUGCCACUUUGAGACAAAAGAUUUACAUACCAAUGGCCUCAUCACCUCACCACCCACGGCCAGGCGAGGUACACAAUGUGCUCGCCUUCGCUCGCUUUUGUGUUUUUUUUCUUCUUCCUAAAGCACUCGUGGUGAGGCUUUGUUGCAAGUAUAUAAACCAAUUGGUUUGUUUGAAAAUAGUACAUAAACCCGUUUUGAUUCCAACCGAUGUAGUAUCAAUAUUUUCUGUGGAGAAGAGUAUAUCCUUCUCAAUUAACCUUGGUUGAUGAAGAUGAUGACAUGAAGGGUGUUUAGACAAGGAAGACCUUGGCUACGACAUUAAGUCGGAGUUUGAAGAGAAUUAAUUAUGGUUUUGAAUCUGACUAAUAGAGUUUUAGGAAUUCUUGUUUUGGUUUGGUUUUGAAUUUGGUAUUUUUAGUUGGUAUUUUACUUGGUGUUCUUGCUAAUUAAACUUUAUAUUUUGCAAAUAUUUUGAAGUUUUGGAUUAAAUUAAAGUGGAUUUGGUGUUUCUGGUUUCUAGCAUAAACGACCGCUUUCUGGUGUCUCUUUAAAGCUAUCAGUUCUUAUCAUGAGUACAUAGAGUUUUGCUUACCUUUUUGAUGAAGCAUACACGACCGCUUGUCGACCACUUUCUCGCCUUGAGUUGCCUUUCGGCAUUUUAAACUAGCCAAUACAUCAUCUCGUUAGUUCAAUAACAUACGUUGUGAUGGAAGAGGGUUUGAAUCAUUUUGUGAAGAAACCGUUGACAUGGCAAAGCCUAACAAUUCAUCAAAACGAUUUCAUGUCAUCUAUUCCAUUCACGUACAUUCAUCAAGAGUAAUUCAUUGUAUCUGUUCUCUUUUGCCGGCUCAUCCUCUAUACCUCCAAAAAUCUCUUUAGUCACUCCUUACACAUCCACCUAUCAUUACCCCUUUCGGACAAGUUUUUCCUCAAUCUUUAUAAGAAAAAUUGCCAUGCUAAUCUCCAAGAAAUUAGUUGGCAUCAAAGCCAGGGCCGGCUUAGAUAGGGGGUAUCAUAGAUGAGGAUUCUAGUCAAAGUUAUACGAAGCUCAAAAUUUGCAGUCUCCAAUUGGUCUUAGCAACAAGAUGAUUAGCUGUAACCCCGUAGGAAAUUAACUUUUUUCUGAGAAGAGAGCUUGGAAUAUGCAAGUGAUCGUUGCGAGAAAGCCUCUGGAUAAGAAACAUCAGUAGAUUCAAAAUCAUCAUUGUAGUGAAUAAACAUGACUUGAUGCGUCAGCUUUUUUUUAGUAUAGUGUGUGAGACUCCUAGCCAAUUUUCUUGGAUAUGUAACAUCAUUAGAGUCUGUCUUGCUUAUACUUGCUCUUAAUUAUAGGUGAAAUGUAUAUAGGCACCUUUAUCACUAAGCUGCUCCGACUCUGAAUAAGCAGAAUUCAUUGUGUACCACCCAACACUUGUCUAUGUAAUGCCAACAAGGUGCUGCAGCCUCAACGAUGAGCAUAAAACUCUCCAGAUUCAAAUAUGACUCAAUGAGAUAUCAAUUUGAUCAUUUUAGUUAUUUCAAAUAUUUUCUAAUAAUUUUGUGGUCAACAUGUAGCUCUUUGAAUUUUGGAAAAAUCAAUAAAACUAACAAAAACACACAACAUUAGUUUUGAACAUUGGAUGUGACUUAAGGUAUCUAUAAUUUGAUUGGAAGAAAAAAAUGGCCUUUUAUUUUGCAAAUUAUAUUUUAAUUUACUUUUUUUCCAAAGGAUUGACAUAUCCAUAUGUAUUUCUAUUUAAGUGGGAAAGAGCAUCCACGUAGUGAAUCUACUGGAAAAUCUCUUAAUACAUAACAAUAUUAAUAUCUAAUUUAUUAAGUGUAGAUUAGAUACUAAUUGAACAAGAUGUUUUGCAUUUUGAUGUGUAAAUACAAAAUUACAUUAAUUAUAAGUAUGAGAUAUCGUUUUAAUCCGCGCGAGUGUGAAUAAAGUAAACCGGUAACAAAAAGUUAAACUUGACCAAAACUUGGUCCAUUACAGUAAAAAAAAAAAAGAAAAAAAGAAAGG